UUGGCAAAACAAAAACACGGUGAAGUGUUGGUUUUAUUUCGUCUCUUUUUCGCUCGCCCAGCGUUUAAUCAUAUGACUUGGGUCGAAUUGCAAUUAAACUAAUUCCUCCUCGUCGUCUCUUUGUGGUGUUCAGCUAUAGUUAUAGUUGGUUAGUUAGUUAGGUGACAGCAGACGGGAAAGGAUUUGCUACUCUAUCCUCAAUGAAUCACGGAUUCAAGUAGCUUGCAAAAUUAGGGGCGAGUCCCACGAAUUUAGUGUCGUUUAUAACUCUAUAUUUGUCAGCAACUUAUCAGAUUAUUUCAUAACUUAACUGUGGUGUAGCAUGUUUAAUAUCUGCAGUUGUAGGAAGCGAAAAAUUCAGACUGUGGAAUAGCUUGACGGAGUCGUGGAAUGGACAAAAUUUAAUUUCCGUUCGGCAAUAGCAGUCUUGCUUGACGUUGAUGAAUCUUUAUGAAGCUUUGUCUUGUAAUUUCUAAUUACAUCUCGGUCAGAUUAUUUAUGAAGACGGAUCAAGCUUAGUCACGUCUGAAUGAUUAAACAAAAUAAUAUCAGUGUUCUGCGCAGUAGUUUUGUUAUUUUUUAUUAUUCCAAAGAAUGAAUGCUUCAAAUGAAGAUGAAAUAGUACCGACAAGCGAUGAACUGACUGCUAGAACCUCUUCGUGGACUUUGGCUUGCGACAAUUUACUCCUAAAUAAAUUGAAAAAGUUUUCAAAGGAUUUGGAGCAGACAAGUAGUGAAUUAAAUAAUGACUGUCAAAUAUUGGCACGAGACACAGUCGUUCUGCAGUCAAAGUUGCACAAUGUUACCAAUCAAUUCCUUGCGUUAUCCAGCAGUCAGUUUAUCGAAAAUCGGGUGCAAAAUUUUGAAGAAGCAGCGUCCUCAGUUUCGUCUACAAGUACUCAGAACAUCGUCAUCAAGAAAACCAAAGCUGAAAAAGAAGCUGAGCUUAUAGCAAAAAUGAAAAAAUCUAUUCAAAUAGGAAUAUCAGCUAACUCUCAAUCCUUAAAUCAAGAAUCAUCGCAAACGAAACUCGCAUUGCCUUAUUUAAUUGGGUCGUCAAAAUUUUUUAGCAGCCGAUAUGUUGGAUUGGUUGAAGAUGAAUUUAGAAUUCCAAGAGAUCUCACCUCCACUCAUAACUACACUGAUGAACCAGCAGAUAUCAACAAGUCUUCUUCCAAUCAUUCCGUCACAGAAUCAUUAGAAUCAUCUACUUCAACGCAGCCUGGAAACAUGUACAUUCCAGUCUCAAACUCAUCGUCUGUAGCUAGUCCAGUUUCUGCUAAUGUUUCAAAAAUUGUUUCUAACCCUGUGCAACAACAGCCAUUACUCAAUCAGCCUGUGAUACUCCAGCAUAAUUAUACAAAUGAGGUGCCUACUACUACUACAAAACCCAAUGCUCCUGCUGCUCAGAAGCAAGGGAACUAUUUUAAUGAUACUGGGCCACCCCCUCCAAUUGAUAGUGAUGAUAGCGACGACGACUUUAAACCGAUCGUUGGGAUAGGAGGUGGAGGCCGCCUCUUUGUUGACGACGACGACGAUGGGGAUAUUUUCAAUGUCACAUCGCUGUUUCCAUCAACGAGAACUCAAAAUCCUUUUUUCAAUACGGCAGCGAAUAUAGCCCCCGCAAGUAGAUCAUCACCACCACCACCUCCAGAUGUUAGUCAAGAUAUUCGUCCUAAUAUAAAUUCCGAUGUUGGACAGAUGCCAACAGUUAAUGACAAGAUUGCAGACUCAGUUAAAACUGUUCAUCAUCCUCACGAUGCACCCAAAAAAGAAGUUAGAACACCCAGUGAACCUAAAAGAAAGCUUCCACCAGGUGCUGUUUCGAUUUUUGGCAGCGUGCCUCCUGGGGAAAUUCCCAGGCUGGGAUUGCAACAACAACAAAACACUGAACCCACAUUAGUGGUUGAAGAACCGGAAACCCAAUUGCCCGGAAGCAGUUCAAAGUGUGCAAAAGUGUCGAAUCGAGGUUCCAGUGCUGAAAUCAAUCAAGACCACGAAACUACUAGUCACUCUAGUCUUACAUCCAUAGCCUCCAGUUAUCAAUCUUUGAAUGAUCCCAUCAUUCUCCCAGUUUCAAGAACAAAAUCAAAAGGAAUUUAUAGCGAUGACAGUGACGACGAUCUUUUCUCCAGCAAGAAGCAACCUCCCUCAUCGACAAGUUCAAGUUCAUUAUUCAAAGAUAAUUUAACCACAACUGUUGAUCGACAAAUUAGCUCGGUUGAUAAGCCAGCAUCCAAACAAAAAUUUCGAAGGUCUAUAUUCGAUGAUUCAGAUUCAGAAGAAGACGGUCUCUUUUCAUCUUCCAGCUCAACAAGUUCAAAGAAACUUUCACAGGAAAAAACAAAGAACCAUUCUGCUCUAUUUCCCACCACUUACAUAGAAAAAUCAACAGUUUCUAAAAAUCGUAAUGGUGGUGCUGUUGGGGUUAGACCAAGUUUGUUUGACAAUGACGAUGACUCCGACACUGAUCUGUUUGCUAGUAGUGGUGGUGGAUUUGGUGUAAAUAAAUCAGACCAAAGAACUGCUUUUUCUAAGAAGACUGACUCCAUUGUUAAAACUAAAUCUGAGUUUAGUGAUAAAACUAAUCUCUUCAAGGCCAGCACUCGAGAUAAAAGUUUGGACUGGAAAGAAGAGGUGAUAUCAAAAACCCUUGAGCAUAAUAGAACUAUUAGCAUUAAAAUGGAGACUGACGAAAGGGAGGAAACAGAACAUCCUGCUGCUGCUAUGGAACAACAACACUCUAAUAAAUCUAUUCAUUUAUUAUUAUCCCACGGAGUUGAAGCCAGCGAAAGUAUUAUUUCUCAACCUGUGCCUGACGAAUCUAAACAAAUUGAUACAAGUAACGCUAAAAGUUUACUAAUUAAUUCGGAAACUGCUGAAAAAAUAUCUCAGGAAACUAUGAAACCUCAAACUGAAGAUCCAGAAAUACCUCCUGCGGUUGCAGAUAUUCCCCCGAGUUCAUUAUAUCCUGACGUCCCAGAUAAUAAGUCUGUCGCAUUGAGUGACAAAGAACACACAAUUCAUGCAAGUAAAAUUUCUCAAUUGAAAGAAAGGUUAUCCGCCUCCGAAUUAAAGGCAUCGCAAUCUAAGCCUACCAGUGAUAAUAAUAAGUCAACUUUUGACGCAAAAGCAAAUAAAAUUGGGAAACUAGAAGAUAAACUGACUUUCGGAAAGGCUGAUGACAUUUCCUCAUCAUCUACUGAUAUUAGUGGUGAAACUAAUAGUGAUAAAUCUGUUGAGAAAAACAGCAAAAUAGCCAAGCUCAAAGAACAAUUGGCGUCCCCUCCAGAUUCCAAACCUGGCCAUGAUGCUUUAUCAACGAAACUCGGAGGAAAGUCCAAGGUGGAUGUCAAGAAGUUAGCUUUAUCUCUAAAAAUAAAUCCAAUGGCCAUGAUGCCUGGUGCUAAACCCGUGAAACAGACAUCGUUAGAGUCCCCUGCAUCGGAGACUGAAGUACUACCUGGUGGUGAUGAUUCACUUGUAAUGGAUGAAAGUAACUCAAAGGUCAUGUCACCAUCAUCUCCAGUCAAGAAACUGGUCUCGAGUGGUCUCAAUAUAAAUCCGUUAGCCAUGAUGCCUGGAGCAAAACUUGUGAAACAAGGGUCUUUAGACAAAAAAUCAACCGAUUCUCUCCAAGGGUUGGAAACUAAUAAUAAAGUCCCUUCUGAUAUGGUUGAACAACUUCCAAAGGUGAUACCUUCUGAUACGGGUGCCACUAUAUCCUCAGACGUCGAUGUCAAGAAGCUAGCCUUAGGUCUCAAUAUAAAGCCCAUGUCCAUGCUGCCUGGUGCCAAACCUGUGAAGCAGAAAUCAUUGGAAUCACCUGUAUCUCCUGACACGGAAUUUGGCUCACAAUCACUUGAUGCUACUUCUGUCACUGAAGACAACUAUCAAGUUCAUUCUAAUAAUGUCUCCCCUCCAGGAGACGCUACUGACAUCUCCGCCAGACGUGCUUCAACACCUUGCACUCCAGAAUCGCCUUAUUCACCGGGUCCCAUUGACGAAGAAUCAUUGGAAGAAAACAAUCCAAAUCCACUCCUUCGUAAUUUAGCAAAGGGAAGGGCUAAAAUUCAAUUCAAACGGCGACCACCAUCCAAAAAGCUUCUACAUUCUUCCUCUAGCAAGGAAUGGAAUGACUUGGUUCCGGAUUUAGAAAUUGGUGAUCCCACCAACAUCACUGAAAAUGUAGAGGGUGGCGACGGUGAUUCAAAGCAAACUGCAAAAGCCAGCAGUGAUGUUACUCGUCCAACCGUAUCGAAUCCAGUAGGAACUGAGGAUGUACAGGGUGCGACAUCAGGCAUCGAAUCUGGUGCAUCGGAGGGUGGUGAUUUACAGAGACUUUUGCACGAUAGUCAAGAGGAAUCCUCGUCUCUCUUUGAUGAUAAAGGUAUUGAUGACUCUCUUGCUAACUCGGUACCAUUCAGCCAGAAAGACAAAAAUGCAUUACUCUGGGAUGAAGAAAGCGAUUCGGACGAUAUAUUUGUUUCUGCAUCUAAAAAGUCCAAGGUCAAAAAAACAACCCACAGGAAGAAUAAUCCAGUCCCAGAUUUAUCCGCCACAUUUCAGUCAAACACUGCAGAUGGAUUGCAAGGUUCUAAUCUUAAAGGCAAAAUAAACCCGAUCGUUGCUGAGACCAUUCCUGCAAGCAGUGCAGCUAUUGAAGCCAAGAAAAAUCUGGACGACCCUGUUCCAUCAUCAUCACGUGGAAAUGAGCAAAAAAGUUUAUUCCUAGAUGAUGAAGAAGACAUAUUUGCAAAUUCUGCUUUUGUAACAAAGAGGAAAGAUUCUGGUUCAAGUUCUCAGGCAAAUAUUCCUUCCACUAUUACUGCACCUCCAUCAAUGCCAAGCGGUAAUUUACCAAAACAAGGGAAGCAAAAACAAGGAUUAUUUGGAUCGGACUCUGAUUCUGACGAUCUUUUCAAGGCUUCAGUAUCUGCAAAAUCUUCAAAGCCAAAAACAAAGCCGAAGGACGAAACUUCAAAAAGUAACAAGUUAUCAGACAGCUCAACCUCUAAGUCAUUGAAGCCAAGCGUGAAAUCUAGCGCCAUAACCAACAAAUCAAUAUUUGAUGACUCUUCAGAUGAAGAUUUAUUUGCGUCAAAGUCAAAAAAGAAGACAGUGCCAUGAGAAGAGUUCUGUUUUGAGGCCAUCAAACGGGCUUUGCUCAAAAGUUGCUUACCUUUUGAUAUCCACCAUUGUGCCCCUAUAUUGUCGCGUUUAACCAGAACUCGAAACUGGUUUUUGAGUACAUUUUAAAUUGCAAAAAUAUCAACUACUUUGUGCUACUAACUACUUAGAUAUUUUAAGAAACUCAUGAAAUAUAUAAUAUGUGCUAUAUCUUUCUUCCAAUAAUUUAUUAUUAUUCUUAUUAUUCUUAUCCUAUAAAUAGGCCAAUUGUUACAUAUUGCAUGAUGUUAGUCCAUGCUGAAACAUAUUCCGUUUUAGUUUUAUAUCAGAAUAUUAUUAAUUUAAUUUCAAAUGAGUUGUUGAUUGUUGUUCUUACAAAAGUCAUGCAACAUAUCUACAUAUUUACAUUUCGUUUACAUAAGAUCAAUGCGCUCUAAAAUAAACCCGUGAUAUAUCAAUCAAUAAAAUAGAGAAUUACUGGGACUACAAUA